UGUUUUGUUAAAAGUGAGUUCGGGUAAGAGACUGACAGACAGACGAGUGUUUCUAUUUGACGGUCUGAUGAUAUUGUGCAAACCAAAUUCGCGACGACAAAGUUCGGUUCAUCUCAGUCAUCCCGAAUGUCGAAUUAAAGAAAGAUUUUUUAUUCGAAAAGUCGAAAUAAUUGAUCAUUCGGAUACUGACGAAUUAAAGAAUUCGUUCGAAAUAUCGCCUAGAAUACAGCCAGCCGUCACGUUGUGUGCGAAAAACGCCGAAGACAAAAACUCAUGGAUGGCCGAUCUCGUCAUGCUGAAUACACGUUCAAUGCUCGAACGAAUAUUGGACGGUAUUCUUUCGGACAUCGAGCGGAAACAUCCGCUGAAGUUGCCCUCUCCUGAAAUUUACAAAUUUGCCGAACCAGAUUCCAAAGACAAUAUAAUAUUGGAACAGAGAGAGAACGGCGGAGUUCCUCUUAUAAAAGGAGCCACUUUGUAUAAAUUGGUUGAACGAUUAACGUAUCACAUUUACGCGGAUCCGAAGUUUGUUCGCACAUUUCUAACAACGUUUCGCAGUUUCUGCGCUCCUUCGGAUCUUUUGGCUUUACUCAUCGAACGGUUCAAUAUACCGGACCCGUCUAUGGUCUAUUCUCAACGUGAAGAUUGGAAACGUUACCGAAAGGAGUACUGUCAACCGGUACAAUUCAGAGUGUUGAAUGUUUUGAGACAUUGGGUCGAUCAUCACUUUUACGAUUUCGAGCGCGACCCGAGCCUUUUGGAAAAAUUGCACGAGUUCCUCGAAUCCGUUAAUGGAAAGAGUAUGAAGAAGUGGGUCGAUAGCGUUCUAAAAAUUGUUCAGAGAAAGUCGGAGCCCGACAACCAGAGGCAUAUAAAGUUUGCGUUCGACGAAUUGCCACCUCCCAUAGAAUGGCAUCAUCAGGUGUCCGAAGAGGAGUACGGAAUAUUAACUCUUCAUCCUGUGGAAAUUGCUAGACAACUGACUCUUCUCGAAUUUGAUAUUUAUCGAACCGUUAAACCCUCUGAACUGGUCGGUUCUGUGUGGACGAAAAAAGAAAAAGAAGUGACGAGCCCUAAUCUACUUCGUAUGAUGAAAUACACCACAACGGUAACCCGAUGGCUCGAAAAAAAUAUCGUGGAAACAGACAAUUUUGAAGAAAGGGUGGCGGUUUUGAGUCGAAUAAUCGAAAUAAUGAUGGUUCUGCAAGAUUUGAACAAUUUCAAUGCAGUUUUAGCUUUCGUGUCGGCUCUCAGUUCUGCUUCUGUUCAUCGUCUAAAAUUUACAUUUAACGCUUUACCCCAAAACCAAAAGAAAAUAUUUGAAGACUGGAAAACGGACGACCACUUGAAGAGAUAUCAGGAGAAACUCAGGUCGAUAAAUCCGCCUUGCGUGCCUUUCUUGGGACUCUACUUGACUAACAUUUUGCACCUAGAAGAAGGUAAUCCUGACUUUCUGCCCAACACUCAACUGAUAAAUUUCUUUAAAAGACGAAAAGUGGCGGACAUUACGGGCGAAAUUCAACAAUAUCAAAAUCAACCCUACUGCUUUAGCGUUGAACCGAAAAUUAGACAUUUCUUGGAAAAUUUAAAUCCUUUCGGUGAUAUGAACGAUACGGACAUUAGUAACUACUUGUAUAAUAAAUCGAUGGAAAUUGAGCCACGUCAAUGUCGUCAAUUGCCCAAGUUUCCACGAAAAUGGCCAAAUUUAAAUUUAAAAAGUCCAGGCAUAAAAACGAAAAUCACACGAAUGACUGCUUCUUCUUCCUCUUCUUCAACGGCGACGGCAGUUGCGGUGGUAGGUCCAAUGUCGACCUUAUCUACAAUGACCACAACAACGACUACAGCUCCACUUUCGCAGAAUCAACAGUCCGUUCAAAGUACCGCCAAUAAUAUUCCAAAUGUCACCGGCGUUGUGACCACAAAACAAGAAGAAGCAGUGAGUGUUAAAGCGACGGACGACAUUGGCGGUACCAAGUCGGAUAAUGACUUCAGCGUUUUUGCACAGGUUCAGAUACCGACAAACAGCGGAGGUCAGAAUAGUCCCACUUUAAGCCCAAUAUCGCCAGCAGCUGCAACACCUUUGAUUAAUUGGUUCCAACCCAGUCACAGUAGGAGCCCUAGCGUUAGUUCGAUCGUGUCGGCUGCGUCAUUUCGCAGUUCCUCAUUCGUUAUUCCACCUCCAAUCAAUCCACGCGUCGAUUCUAUGUUUGUUAGUGGAGGCAACCUUGGCGGAAUAGCCCCCGCUCCUCCCCACAUCCAACAGCAAAAGAUCAAUCAGUCGCCCACUUACUGCGGCACCAGCGGCCCUAGCAGUCCCGGCCCUCAUAGUCCAUCAUCUCCUGGCCCAUUUUUACCAACCAUCGAUCCCGUUAGUCCUUGUUUGUCUUCGACACCACCUCCAUUACCGCCGCGACGAAGAAGAGAUAGCGUCGAAAUAAGUUCUCCUCAUCAGGCGAAGCUUGCCGUUUCUUCGAAAGAAAUUUCUCCGCCACCUCCGCCAUUACCACCGCGAAGGGAGGCGACCGUUUCCCCAAAUUCUCAUCACAACAGCCUGCCGUAUCCUUCUCAGAAUUUAAAUUUCUCUCCCAAUACGUUGCCAAGAUUAAAUCCAACAUACACGUCCCAGUUGCACAUAAGAAGGCAAUCAACGCUGCAUCCGCACCUUCCUCCUCGAAAUUUGAGCUACACCAACGGCGCUUCAAGUGCUCCUGUUCAACCGUCGAAUAUAUCUCCACGCUUUAUUAAUGAGUCGAAUUCGGGACAGGUCACCCCAAAAUUGCCACCAAAACCGGCCAUCCGUUCUGCCGGCAUCACGAGCGGCACAAUGUUCCACUAUCCCAGUACGUCUAAUACUUCAAACUAAAUAAAACAACAAAUUUAAUGGUUCUCGGUUUUUCCAAAAUAAGAUACCUACUGGACAAACUGAAUAUUUUCUUUUAGUUCUUCUUGUUUUGGCGUUUUUCUAUGACUAACGGAAAUAUCGUUAUCGAAUGCCUUAUCAUACAAUUGUUAUGUACGUUUUAUUUAUUCAGUUGUUUUAUUUAAAAACUUCUUUUUCUAAUGUCGAUUUUUUGAAUAUCUGUUAGUAUUUUUUCAUUUACGGUGAGUGCGAUUUUGCAAUAGAUUAUUUUAAUAUAAGUUAUUGAACCCCGACAAUAUUUAAUUGAAAAUGAAUUUUAUAAUUAUGUAGAAAAUGGAUUCGCAUAAUUAUGAAACCAAGAAUUCCCAGAAUUUUAUAUUGUUUUAAUAGGAAAACAGCGAGUGGGUCAUGCAAAAUUAUCGCCUUAAUCGCAUCAGCCACGCAAGGAAUCCAAAUUAAAACGGGAGUAUUAUGUACGAUACAAUUUAUCAUAUGGGUAGUACGCUUCUUCCAUUAUUAUCAUGCAUGUAUGUAUAUACAUUGCAAAUGCAAAUAAAAAUUUAUUCAGUUUUUAAAGUAAGAAUCCGAGCUUAAAGUAAACUCAAUUUUAUUAUCUUUCGCAUAUGUUCGACGUAUUUGUAUAUAAUGUUUAAAGUAUUGGAUUUUUAUUGCUUACCGACAUUUUCUGUGUUAAACAAAAAUAUACAUAGCAGUGAAAAUUGCAUUAGAUUUACUACGUGAUGUGUAAUUUUAUAUAUUGUAUAUUAAGAACAAGAUACGUUGUCGAGCUGAUUCGGCAACCACCGGCAUAAGGAAUUGUUGUAAUUAACAAAAAACUAUAUAAAUAAAUGAAUAAAGCUUCGUGUGAUGGGUGUACCCGUUAAUAAUGUUAUAAAGAUGGUUAUUUUUUAAAUGUAAUGUGUAUGCGUCUGUGUGCAUGGUAAGACGCACGAUUGAUCACAUUGCGUUGCAACACAAUGGCGGAACAAAAGGGCGAGAAAGUGAAUUGUGAAAUUGAUUUGCGAUUGAAAGGGUUGUGGGCAUCAAGAAUCGAUAAAUGUAUUAUAAUUUCGGUAUAAUUUAAAAUCUGUGAUAGUAGUAUGGACCAUUAUUUGUAAAAAAAAAAAAAAAUAUGUAGAAAAAUGUAUAACAGAUAGGGAAAAAUAAGACCAAUAAAUGUACCA